AAACCUAUCAAAUCAAAUUUGUUGUAUGAUGCCUGAAACGUUCAAAUUAUUCGUGUAAACGGAAAUAUUGUAGAAUUGGUUUAAUGGCCCCCAAUAAAAAUGUCAGCUAUGGUGUUGGUGCAAAGACAAACAGCGCCAGUCCCUUUCGUCGGAAUGUUAAUAAUGAACGUGGGAGCACCAGGAGGGCCAGUCCAAUCAUCUACCCGGAAUCAGUGCUGACGAGAGGAAGCACGUUCCAGCCUCAAACACGCAACCGAAUCGGAAUGCAGUUGCUGCGGGAACUGUCGCAAUCGUUGCCCACAACACCAUCCCGGAUAAGCCCCGCCCCAAGCGGGAGUCGCCGUCUGCGGCCACCGAUUUCCAGAGCGGGGCAGUUGGCACCGUCACAAAUGGUGUUGAAUAGACCGAUGCCCAUGCAGUCAAGGACAGCGUUGGGAGUGGUGCCAGUGCCCCAGGGGAUAGGGGUACGAGAGGUAUCCGCCAAGGAGAGUUCAAGGAGGGUGAGAAUUAAGAACCAGGAAAAAGAGGUGGUGCAGCGCACACCUUCCCUCUCCAUGACCAACAUUAGAACUGCCCGAAAGAGUCCCAUGCGGAAAGCAUCAACUCUGUUCCAGCAGUAUUCCAUAAGUCCCCUAUCGCCUGUCAUCAUGGUAGACGCUCAGGAAGAUCCGGAUGUCAAGGAGGAGGAUGCAGAACCCCAAGACAUAGAGCCGGCUGACAGACUUGAGGAUGAAAAUGAGACUAUUGCGUCUGCUGCACAGCCAGAUGAAGUGGAACACAGGCUCUCAGGCGACAGCGCUGCCAAUGAGGAUAAAGACCCCGCGUCCGUUGCCUCCUCCCCACAGGCGGAGGAAGUGGAGCCACCCGCAGGCGCUGAAGAACCGACUGAGGAAACUGCCUCGUGCCAGCAGGACGUAAAGAUCUAUCCCUGCUUCCGUGGGGAGUAUCCCACUCGUAAUCGAGCAGCCCCUUAUCAGUGGUUCGAGAAAACAGGAUUCAAUCCGGGAGGAAUUGCUCCUGGUGCUUGUACUUGUAAGCAGGUCGAGAGCGGACAGAAUCCAGGCGAGGAAAAUAUUCUCACCACAUGUGAGGUGACCGAGGAGCAUUUUAUGAGCAUCGGUUGCGAAUGUGAUGAGAAACCUCCCCAUUUCAUGGGUUGCCUGUCGGGGGAGCAGGGACAGCAGAUGCCGCAGCAUCAGGUCCGUCCAUACUGUAGGGAGCAGCAGCAGCUGCCGAGGUGUAUGCAGCAACAACAGGCGGCAAUGUUCAGAAGCUAUCCCAACAUGUACAGUCAGCAGCAGCGUCCGAGCUGCUGUGGCCUGACCAAAAUGCUAGCCCAACAGCUUCACCAGCAGAUGCAGGAGGCCCAGGCCCAGAUAGCACAGGUCCAGCUGCAGUUGAAGAACGCCUGCGGCUCCACCCAAGUGCAGCAGCUAAAUAUUAACGAUAAUUGCAGCAGCGAAGAUCCAUACUGGCCAGGCGAGGAUUUGGACGAGGGAGUUAGUGUGGGUGGCGAGGAAACUGAUUACGCCACGGAGCAGUCUAUGAACAUUUCAUGCUCUGCGAUGUAUCAAGAGGAGGAACAGCAGAAAGCGCCACAGGAUACAGGAUCCUGUGUGAUGAUGCCCUACCGUUCAUGUCUGCCGUCAUCUCAGCCGCCUCCGUGCUAUGCAGCGCCCAGUCAACAACAGCAGCAGCAACAGGCGCAAAUUCCUUGCCAACAGCGAUCUCCUUGCCAGCAGCAGCAGCAAAAAUGUUUCCCAGAGCCUUUUCCUUGCCAGCAACAGCAGCACUGCUACUGCCAGCGGUGUGCCAAGAUGCGAUUCAUGAUGCCGCGACGCUGGCCAUGCUAA